CCGGAGGGUGCAAAUAACAACCUUCUUAAUUUCCCUGUUAAUUCAAUUUUUUGACAGGCCCAUCUAAUGAGCCCAAGUUGUGCAGGUUGCAAGUCACUGAGUGCGAUGUGGCGAAGGUGAAACAGAGCAAAGAUGGAGAAGAUGAUUGCAGUGGGAAUGAUAUGGGGUGCCACAAACGCUAUCAUGCGCUGGGGUGCUCUUCUAUGGGAUGAAGCUCUCAAAUCCUCUUCGGCUAAACAACCACAUCCUCACUCAACAAAUCUCGCCCAAAAAAUCUUAUUCUCUCUUCGCAACUGGCUCAAGCUUCUUUCAAUCUGGCAAUACUCCAUCCCCUUUCUCGUUAACCUCUCCGCCUCCGCCACUUUCUUCGCCAUUCUCUCCGACGCUCCUCUCUCCCUCGCCGUCCCCGUUACCAACGCCACCACAUUCGCCUCCACCGCUUUCUUUGCUACGCUCCUCGGUGAACACACUCACCUCCCUCGCGCUUUCUUCGGAACUGCUCUCAUCGUCAUCGGUAUUUGUUUGUGUAUCAAUUCCUAGUUUGUUUUCUAACCAUCUCUAUUUCUAUCUUUCGUUUUCAUUAUUAUUAUUGUUGAUAAAAAAUAAAUUAUGUGUAGCUAGAUUUACGAGAUUCGAAUUCAAUUAGAUAUCCCUAGUAUAGGGUUCAUGUGUGCUGAUUAAUAUCCUUCCCAGCAUAUGAAUGGGUAUUUAUUAGUUAUGAGUUCAUCAAAGUAUUUAGAUAUGAA